GCAGCGACCGCGUCCGCACGGCUACCUGAGCACCAGCCGCGAGCUGCGUCCCGCCUCUCUCGCUUGCUUGCUCGCUCGCGGCCCGGGGCGGCGCGGACAUGGGCGCCAAGCAGAGCGGCCCCGCCGCCAACGGCCGCACCCGCGCCUACUCGGGCUCGGACCUGCCCUCCGGGACCAGCGGCGGCGGCGGGGCGGACGGCGCUCGGGCGGCCCGGUUCGCGGCCCCGGUGUCCGGCGCGCAGCAGCCCAGCGCCUCGGCCGGCGCGGCGGCUGCGGCUGCUGCUGCUGCUGCGGCGGCCUCGGCCCCGGCAGCGCCCCGUAGCCGCUCGCUCGGCGGGGCGGUGGGCAGCGCGGCGGGCGGCCGCGCGGCGCAGUCGGCCUUCAGCAUCCCCAGCGGUGGCGGCGGCGGUGGUGGCCCGUACGGCUCACAGGACUCAGUGCACAGCAGCCCAGACGACGGCGUCGGCGCUAGGGACCGGGACCGGCCGGCGGGCGGGGGCCCUGGCGGGCCGCGUCUGGUGAUCGGCUCGCUCCCGGCCCACCUCUCCCCGCACUUGUUUGGAGGAUUUAAGUGCCCAGUAUGCUCAAAAUUUGUACCCUCAGAUGAAAUGGAUUUGCAUCUUGUGAUGUGUUUAACAAAGCCAAGAAUAACGUAUAAUGAGGAUGUGCUGAGUAAGGAUGCUGGGGAAUGUGCAAUAUGCCUUGAAGAACUGCAGCAGGGGGACACCAUAGCGCGGCUGCCCUGCCUGUGCAUCUAUCACAAAGGCUGCAUAGAUGAGUGGUUUGAAGUAAAUAGAUCUUGUCCAGAGCACCCUUCAGAUUAAGCACACCAGAUUCCUGUGUUAUGGGUUUUCUUGUCUUUUCAAGAUGCUUGAGAAAUCUAGAAGAUUUGAAGAUCUGUCUCUGGAAGAAAAUGAGAACUGCAGGCUUAUUCAGCCAGGAUCUGAGUUCUGGGACACUUGGGUAGUCCAGAGAAGGACAGGAACCACAGAACUCAGCGUACCAAACUUGCAUAUAAGGGACACACAGGGAUUUUGAAAAUGCUGCACAUCCUGUACCAGUCACUGCAUAGAUGACACUGAUAAACAUUUUGUAUUCAGACGCCAAAGUUAACUCAUUUCAAAGUUGAUUUACUUUUUAUUAAGUUCUGUAGAGCUGCUGUUUUAGUGUAUUUGGUUUUGGUUUGUUUGGUUUUUUUUUUUUUUUAAUUUUUUUUUUUUUUUUUAGUUUGGGGACUUUUUAUUUUCCCUGAACAUAAUGUUUCUGCAUUCACCUAUUCUUAACUUGAAAACCACACAAUUUCUUUCUUACAAACUCUUCAAUGUGAACUAAGAAAUGUAAUCAAAGCAGUAUAAUAUUCUGUGAAUGGAGAGUAUAAUUGAAGUUUUUCCACCCUCACCUCCACCUCCCCCUCAUGUAUGAAAAGUAGGUUUCUGGGUUGGAGAGCUAAACUACAUGAAUUAGUAGUGUGAAUUAAAGGUUAAUAUAAAAGUGCCAUCCAAAGAGUAAAUCAAGGUACAUAAUUACUUUUAGUUCAUUACACAGAGCUGUCUACUGAACUGCAGUUUCUGAAAUACAUUGUUUCUUCUAAAAUGAAACUGUGCAAUAGCUUGUUAGCAGUGACCAUCUCGCAGCUAUGCAACUUUGAAAAGUCCAGAUUUGAUGGUCCCCGCUCUAGGGCCACAGUGACUCUGUCCUAACAGGUGUUUUUUGUUCCUUUCCUGUAAUUACUUCAUUGUGCUUUGCAUUUCCAGGCAGUUUCCCUAUGUUUGGGUAAAAUGUUUAGCAAGUUGUAAACAUAACACCUUAUGAAAAAGGGUGAAAUAAACACUUCUGCAGUGGGACUUGGAGUAAUCUGAGGGACAUUUUAUAUACUUUUAAAAAUCAGAAUUUAAUUGGGAUGCCAGAUUUCUAGCAACUUGCAUCUUUAGUUUUCCAGAUAAUCUGGAAGUUAGCAUUUGAUAAAUGAUUUUUUAAACAAAUAUAAAGAUUUUGUUAAUUUAUAAUUUAUUAAUGUGUUGUUACUGUAAUUGAAAAUGUUGUGGAUACUUUUAAAUUCAGUCUUUGUAGAAAGAACUGUAUUAAGCAAAAUUAUGUGAAUAAAUAUUCCCCCAAAAUACAUCUAAUGGUUAAGAAUACUGGAAGAGAGUUAUCAGGGCUACAACAGUGAAUGUCUGUUUAAAUAAUUGUGAAAAUGUUAAGUAGAUCUCACGUUUAGUCUCUGGGGAGAGCAUUGCUUCCCUGGUCCAGUCAAGGCUGCACAGCCCUGCUUUCCUGCUGAGCUGCCCUGGGUGUGGAAAGAAGGGGUGAGUCUGUAGUGCUGCUCUGCUCUUAGAGCUGAUUGCUCCCCAGCCCUGUUGCUUCUGCCUCUUCCUGUUCACAUGGGCAGUGCAGGAGCAUCUGCUGCUGGGGUGGGGUGGGGUGCGGUGGGGAUUGUCCUGCUGGGAAGAACUUACCUGCUUUCUGUGACUGUAGGCUAGAUAGUAUGUCUGCAGUUAACACUCUGGUUACCUAUUAGGGCCAGUGGUCUGAUCCAGUGUGACAGCUGCCCACACAGUUCUGUAGGUAUUCUUUUCAGCCAAAGGUAGGAAGGUUACUCUUCUUCGAGGGAAGUAGUCUUUCCUUAGGUUUUGUUUGGUUUUGUUUUUUUCCUGUUAAUAUGAAAUCUGAAUCCAUUUUACUUCAUCUUUCAGUUUGUAAGCUUUCCUCUCCCCCUGAUUUCUCCAGGGAAGAGCUCUGAGAAUGUAAAUAACCACUUUGCUCUUUACUACUGGUACAUUGUCUGGAGAAGAAUUACUUCUACUGUCUUCUCUUCUCGGAGUGCAGCUGUGCUAAUUAAUGUUUAGACUCCCCGGAAGAUGGCCUGCUUCGUGCUGAGCUCAACUUCUUGGUGUCUCGGCCUGAGCUCACCCUCCCGGCACAGGCCACCGUCCCGGCGGUCCUCAUGGCUCCUGUGCUAUGGCUGCCUCCAAGCUCCUGUAGUGUGAGAGGGCGCGCUGCUGCCAUGCAAGGCCGUGGACACUGGCUGUGCCGUUGUCUGUCUGGACAGUGGGUGCUGAAACCCUCUCAGGCAGCCUGCUUUGUUUUUGUUUUCAUGUGGUCAAAUUUUAUAAAGUUGACAUUUUUACUUUAGAUUUUGUCUGCAAUGAUUUUCUAAAAGGAAUAAUUUAGAAAUAGAAGAAAAGAGAGAAGCUUAGAUGUUGCAGUUACUAUUCUGGCAAUGUUCUAUAAGUGAUACUUUAUAUAAUAUUGCUUAUAAUAUUUAUCAGUCUGUAUGCAGACACUGAGUAGCAUCUGUCAUAAAGUUUUAGAGUAUUCAGCUGAAACUACUGAAUAUGGAGACAAAAUAAAAAAUUGAAAGCCUCAGUUAUCAGUUAUCCAGCCGGUCCUAGCCUUCUAGAAUCUUUGUAAAUACUCUUCAGAUAAGGUCACAGGUGUGUAGGGAAUGAGGCACAUGCUUGGCUUUCUCCAGUCCACUCUGUCCAUAGUGAAUGUAUUGCCAGUGUCGAUCCUUCUUUAACCUUUUCGUUCCUCCUUUGCCAGUAUAUUUAAGAGAAGCACUGUUUUCUUUGUAAAAUCAUUCUCUUUCUUUGGCUCCUCUCUAGAGAAGUAGACAAUGUUUUUCAAACCUAGUUACAGAUCGGACUGUAAGAUUGUUUUAAGAAGAAUAUUUAUGACUAAGAUAUAAGCAAUGGUCUCUACUUGGCUUGUCUCCAUGACAGCAGAAACCACAGUGGCAAAGCCCUGGUGACUGUUGGAGUAUAUAGGUUUGGGCUUUCCAGUGCAAGUCUGCAUUCUUAAAUUUUACAUAGUUAUUCUGGUUUCCACUUCGAUACUAGAUUGCAGCCCAGAAUAACCAUCCUUAGCAUAUCUGCAGUAUGCACAGAAAAGCCACCUGACUGAGUUGCCAGAAAUGGCAGAAUCUUUUCCAGAGCAUAUUUCAUACUGUGUUUCUAAGUGUGGGUAUAGUGAGGUUUCAGAGCACUCAUUUCCUACUGGACAUGGUGACUCAUGCUAAUACUCAGGAAACUGAGGCAGGAAGAUUGCUACAAGGUCCAGGCUGGCCUGGGCCAUAUAGUGAGGUCUAGGCUAGCCUGUCUCAAAAAAAAAAAAAAUCAUUUUACUAUGCUACAGCAAGAUAUAUUCCUUUUAGUAAGAAGGAUUGUGAAUUCAAUGUAAAUAGUACCUGCUUUUUCUAUAUUAACUUAAGGGAAGUAAGAGGAGUUCCACACCAGGAAGCUAAAGGUGAGCGAAGUGUAAAGCUAUUAAGAUUCAAGAAUUGGUUGAGUUUGCCAUCUGACUGAUAGCCACACCGUGCUUUGACCUUAUAAUCCAGAUAGCUUACUCUUCACAGAGGAGGUUCCAUCUAAACCAAACAAAAUCAUCGGAGCAUACAAAGUGACUCAGGUGCUGUUGUCACAAGCACUGUGUGCUGGUUGCAGGUCUCUGCUGCGCUUAGUCAUUUUUCUGUAGGUUUGGUCUACCCUGGACUAAACUCCACAUUCACUGACAGUGAGAGGUGAGACAUGAAGUGUCCCUUGUUAUUCAGAAUACAGCGAUUUUAACUUGACUUUAAAAUUGUAGCAUGUCAGUCCUUUGGAGUCCAUUCUCCUGUCUUUCCUAGGGUAUAUAACUUCUGAUAUUUUCUUAGCUGUGUGAUAUAACUAGUUACCUUACCUGUUUUACCCUACUCUUUCUCCAUCCCACAACUCCUGCUGGGUAUGAAAGGCUGUUGCCUGGGGUACUCCUGAAAUCAUUGAUAAAAUUGUCGGUGAUAAUGUACCCAACUAAUACUUUAUACCAUAUUCUGUAAAUGCACUUAAGCUAGGAAAUAGACUUUAAAAAAAAUCAAAGCGUUCUGUUUUAAAUGGGAAUACCUGAUCUCCUAAGUCUGUUGACUUUCUGUGAGAAAUAAAAGUCCUUGAACACCAGAAAUGUUAAUAUUUAGUUUCAGUUUAACAUCACUGUCCUCACAGGAUUGUUAUCAGAUGUUCAGACUAUUCUUAAUUUUUGACUGUGUGUGUGUGUGUGUGUGUGUGUGUGUGUGUUCAUAGAGAAGCAAUGAGCAGUGUGGCAUGAGCUAACAUCUCCACAAAAAAAAAAAAAAUGAAAAAUGUGAUACUGUAGUAUUUACUAAUGUAUGUGUUUCUUAGCUCUGUCCCUUGGCCCUGAGAAUCUCAAGAUUGGACAUCAGAAGUAACAGUUCUCUUAUCACUGCCUGCCCAUGCCUGCCAUUUUUGAUUUUGUAUGUUGGAGUUGCCAUAUAUCCAUCAUGUAUUUGGGAGCUGUAAUAACCGCCUGCGUUUUGUUAGCAGUUACUGUGGGACCAGAACUACUUUAUCAGCCAAGCUUGUGCACUGCUGGUAUCCCCGCACCAGAGAUGCUGAGGCAGAGGCAGAGGAUCAUGGGUUUGAUACCAGCUUGGGCUAUAUACAGUGAGUUUGAGACAGGCCUGAGCUAUAACAUGAGAGCUUGUCUCAAAGUUUGGUUGUAGUCAUGUUAGAGUGUUGGAUGUAUGCUGCAUGGUUAGGAGACUGGUCUGGGAAGAAACAACAUGAACAGUGGACUUUCAAGUAACGGGUCAUUGCAUCGCUUUGCAGAUGACUUGUUAUAUGGAUUUCUUUGCUUGAAAAAUCACAAUAUUUACCUCUUGAUUUAUUCAUGGUUUCCAUAACUCUUCUAUAAUACCUCUUAAUUUCCUCUAUUAGAAAGUAUUCUGUUCUUGUUAAACAAGGCCCUAAAAGCAUUGAUUAUAAGAAAUAGAGAAAAUGUAUUAGGAACAGCCUGUAUUAGUGUUUUCUGAACAGAAACAGAGCAAUUCAUCAUUGAUAUUUUAAUAAAUAAAGUUUCCAAAUGA